UUAAAAUUUGAAAUGUCUUAUUUACUAAAUAGUUUAAAUAGGCAAUUAUCAUUACUCAGCUCUAAAGUAUUAAUCAGCAAUGCAAAUUUGAUAAGAGAAAUUGAAACUGUUAAAGUACGCCCAUUGCUUAAGUUUUAUUCAGUUACGCAGCAGCCGGUUUCUGAGAAAAUGACUACAGAAAAAACUUUACCCAAGUUAUUUAAAUUUGUUGAUCAAAACGUCGAAUCCUAUAAAAACCUUUUAAAGGAGGCGGUAGCUAUUCCUUCGAUAUCCUGUGAUGCAAAGCACCGGGAAGAUUGUAAUCGAAUGGUGUUUUGGAUGAGAGAUAAAUUAAAGGAAGUUGGAGCCGCGACUGAAUUACGUGAUGUUGGUUACCAGACCAUAGAUGGUAAAGAAAUAAAGUUGCCCCCUGUACUUGUUGGUACUCUCGGCAAUGACACCAAGAAGAACACAAUUUGUGUUUAUGGACACUUAGAUGUCCAACCUGCCUUAAAAUCUGAUGGUUGGGACUCUGAACCAUUUGACUUACAAGAACGCGAUGGAAAACUGUAUGGCAGAGGCUCUACAGAUGAUAAGGGUCCAGUCUUAGGAUGGCUUCAUGCUAUUAAUGCUUAUAAGGAAAUCGGAGAAGAGCUUCCAGUGAAUUUAAAGUUUGUAUUUGAAUGUAUGGAAGAAUCUGGGUCUGAGGGUCUUGAUGAGCUACUCAUGAAUAAGUUAAAACCUGAAGGAUUUUUUGAUACGGUAGACUAUGUGUGCAUAUCAGACAACUAUUGGUUAGGAACAACUAAGCCUUGCAUUACAUAUGGCCUAAGAGGGAUUAGCUACUAUUUUUUGGAAAUUGAAUGUGCAAAAAUGGAUUUACACAGUGGAGUGUUUGGAGGAACAGUUCACGAAGCUAUGUCAGACUUGAUAUACCUGAUGAACACUUUAGUAGCAAAGGAUGGGAAAAUUUUAAUCACAGAUAUUUAUAAAUCGGUAGCGCCUCUAACUGAUAAUGAAAGUAAAUUAUACGAUUCUAUUGACUUUGAUACCGAAGCAUACAGGAAAUCUAUUGAAGCUUAUGAAUUACUACACAAGGGGGUUAAGGAGCAGAUUUUGAUGCAUCGUUGGAGAUAUCCAAGCCUGUCACUUCAUGGUAUAGAAGGUGCUGCGUUCCAACCGGGUGCAAAAACAGUAAUUCCCGGAAAAGUUAUUGGAAAAUUCUCAAUCCGUCUUGUACCGGAUCAAGAGCCUGAUGAAGUUGAAAAAUUAGUGUUUGAUUAUGUCCAUAAAAAGUGGGCUGAACGUGAAUCGCCGAAUAAAAUGCGAAUCUGGGCACAAAGCGGUCGGGCCUGGACAGAGAACCCCGACCAUCCUCACUAUCAAGCUGCUGCGCGGGCCACCAAACUGAUAUACCAGACAGAUCCGGACAUGUCGCGGGAGGGCGGGUCCAUCCCCGUGACCAUUACGCUGCAGGAGGCGAGCGGCAAGAACGUUUUGCUGCUGCCGAUGGGCGCGGGCGACGACAUGGCGCACUCGCAGAACGAGAAGCUCAACGUGCGGAACUACAUCGAGGGGAUAAAAUUAUUCGCAGCUUACUUGUAUGAGGUCGGGAAAUUAGCCAAAUAGAUUUUAAGAGAACGAGCGAAUAACGAAAAGUUGUAUCAAUGCAUAAUAUAUAAGCAUGUGGCUUUAUCAGUUUAUUUCAUAAUAGUGCUCAUAAUAAUAUGUACAAUUAUAUUAUAAUAUUGAGUGUAAGGACAAAUGUUAUUAAUAUUGAUUUUGACUACAUUCCUUUGUGGAUAAUAUACUGUGCCUUAAUGAAGUAAAAUUUGCUUCUUUAGCGUAAGUAUUCAACAUAUCGGAAGCAUUGUUUUAUGUAAUUUUAAUAAACAAGAGUUACAUAUAUUUUUAGUUUUGCUUUGAGUUAGAUGUUGAUUUUGUAACGAGUUUUACAUUUGUAUCUAAAUAAAGUCUGAAAUUUAAAA